GAUUCUCAAUUCUCAAUCAUCCAUCGUCAUCAUCAUCAGAGCACAUGUACGCGUCUCUGAGACCACCAAGAGCCACUCACGCUGUUCAUAAACUCAAGACUGCUACAAGGACUUUUUCAUCUCAAAUGUCGUCGUCAGCCAGUCUGGACCUGGGCGCCGAGUCUCAACUGUCCGACAAGAAGGCUGUGAGAAAGCAAUUGCACAGCCUGUUGUCGUCUUUGCCAUCCGAUUACGUCCAACGUCAAUCUGUCAAUGCCACAAAGUUGCUCUUGUCGUUGCCCGAGUACAAAAAUGCUCGUUCGAUUAGCAUCUUCAUGUCUAUGCCUUCUGCUGAAAUAAACACUGAAAGUCUUACCAAAGAUGCACUGAGCUCGGGUAAGCAUGUUUUCGUGCCGUACAUCUACAAGCCGAAGCAGCCUCGUCAAGACAACUUACCCGUUUCUAUCAUGGAUAUGUUGCAGCUUGCUUCUGAGGAUGACUUUACUUCGUUGCAGCCUGAUAAAUGGGGCAUUCCUUCCAUUCCCAAGGAAACUGUUCCGAGCCGUACAAACUCAUUCGGAGGGAAGGACCUGACUGAUGGAGACGCCCCUGCACCGGAUGCAGCAGGUCUGGACGUAAUUCUCAUGCCCUGCAUGGCCUUCGACCAAGACCUCAAUCGUCUAGGCCACGGCAAAGGCUACUAUGACAACUUUCUCACACGGUAUUGUUCGGGAAAGACAGCAGAUGGACUGAACAGAAAGAAACCGUUUUUGGUUGGGUUCGCGCUGGCUGAGCAAAUGCUUCCUUCUCUAUAUCGUCUGCCGGUUGAUUCAUGGGACUGGAAGGUUGAUGCGAUAGUGCUCGGAGAUGGCGGGUCAGAGGCCAGAUUGGUGAGGGCUUGAUGUUGGUGGUUGGCCGCUCGUUGGUCGAUGUC